AUAUGCAUUUCGCUACCNCCCGAACUGAUACUCGACUCGCUCAGUCGUAUCGAUUACACACCAGGUUGUCUCGAUGGUCUCCGCCUUGUAUGCCGCAACUUCAACAAACUCUUACGACAAUACGAACACAGUCUGGCAGUCGAGAUCAUCCGCCUACAGUUCCCGUCAGAUGUCCUCGCCAAACACCCUGGCCUCCAGGAACCGAACACAAGCAUCGGCUUCAACACUCUUGAUGGGCUACACACACGAAUCUGCACGUUGUCCCGUCUAGAGCGAAACUGUCACAACAUUCGAAGACGUGAAGUCAAAGAGGCAGCCUGGAUGAGGCCUGAAUGGAUAAACCUACAACAGGCAGGAAUGCAUUUACUGUACCGUCUUUACGAUGCUGGGAAUCACGAGAACAAAUCCCGAAUCAUCAGAUCAUUACCUCGUACUUCCCUCGCUAUUCUCCUGCUUACGCUCCACCUCUGUAUUCAACAACUCCGUGCCGACGGCCCCAGCCUUCUUAUUCCCACCUCACCACUCCUCCAUGGCAUGCUACGUUUCGAAGUCGAAGUCUGCUGUCAAGAACUCAUUCUCCAAUACGGCCCUAGCUUCCUAGAUGCCCUACUCUGUCACUGUCCCCACGCCAUCGCACUUCUAGAAACCGAAGUUCGAAACAUCGAAGCCAGACAACUACCUUCGGAAGAUGGAAGAGCAAGCGAAAAGACAUUGAUUGCAGAAUGCAGGUGCCGGCUAGCUGAAGCUUCAGGGACGAAUGUGGAAGACAACAGAACAGACAUGUGGAAUGUUUUGGAAAGGAUAGGGACGCUGGAUGAAGCAGAUGUUGUCAGAGUCAUCAGAGGAGAGGAACUCGUCGUCAGGAAGCGUCAAGACUCUGGUGUUGGACUGUAA